AUGAGCUCUAGUGGAAUUCCUAUUGAUUCAACCAAGCGAAAUCGGAAAUCUUCCGAACCUAACAGAAUUGUCUUGAGUCCCAUUCAAUCACCUUCUAUAAUGAAUUCUAAUAGUUCUCCUUUUUCUUCUCUUGGAGAUAUUUCAUUGGCUCAGUUGCAAGCUGCCAUUAACGGAGCCACAGCUUCUAGUGGAGCUGCUCAGACUACGGAUCAAACCAUGAUCUUUAACCUGGCCAGCGCUAUUGCUAUGAACACUUUUUUGGCCAUGCCGAAUCCUAACAAUCCCAUGAUUGCAAAUGUUGCGAAAAUGAUAAUCAGUUUGAAUGUGCUGAACCAGCAGCAAAGUGAAUUAUUAGGAGGAAACAGUCGACCAGACCUUUCUCAAUUAGGUCUAUCGCCUAUGCUUCUCCAACAGUACGCUUCACUUAUGGGUCGAGGGCAAGCUCAACAGAAUGUACAAGCUUCGCAAGCAAUAGCCAAUUCGCAAAAUUCAUCUCUUUCUUCGUUUCAACAGCCGUUGAAGAAUUCGUCAGAAAAUCAACGCAAAAGAUCGCUCGGGAACGAGCACACGGCUCUGGAUAACAACGCCAAGCGGAUUUUUGGCGAUACAGGCAACGCAACAAUGGAUAAUCAGCCUGCCGUGCCAUUAUCCAAAGAUGACAUUGAGAACUCUUUGAUACGGAUUUUGAACGAGGAAAUCUAUAAUAUCUACGAUGAAACAAUGAAGAGUGAAGCACAAGAUCAACAGUUGUCUCCAGGACAACUAACGCUGAUCUCGGAAAGUCGAGCCAGUUCCAGCUCAGAUAAUAAGGGUGCAUGCCGGCCAUCGCCCAACGAGGAAAUCCCCAUAGAAUCCAUGAACCUUUUCGAAAUACUCGAACUGCUGGCCAGUGACGUCUCAUCGGAUAUGGGUUCUACCGGUUCUGCUUUCCGGAAAGUUUCAAGUAAAUCUGAAAUUGGAUCUACUGCCAGUAGUUCUUCGGAAUCGUCACAAUGGGGAAACACAAUUUCGCCACCAAACAGCUCACCUCAAUCUAUUGCUGACUUGUCUCCUUUGUCUAAUGAUACACAAGCCCUCAUUCAAGAAGUUGUGCUCAAUCUCAAAAGUUCCAUCGAAGCUGAGAAAGAGUCUCAAUUUCCUGCAUUAUGGCGAGGCCAAAUACUCAUGAAGCACAAUGCGACACUUGUUCAAAUGCAUCUUGUUCAAGGAAGCAAAGACUUCCUCACAGACUGUCUUGGAGAAUUGGCAGAUCAAACCAUGAUUAGGAGUACUACAAGCAAACCUAGCAUGAGGAUCAAUCAGAGAAUGCGUGCUGAUAACAAUCACGUGCAAAAUUUGCUCUUAAAGUUAAAUAGUGGGAUAGGCUGUGCCUGUCUUUGUCUACCUAUUGGCUUUACCCGGGAGGAAUGCAACAUCAACAACGAAGCGAUGAAGACUCAGUUCAUGGACUAUUUUUCAAACAAAAGUGCUGCUGGCAUAGCUAAUCUUCCUCGAACUGACAAGAUUCCUGCCAGUUUAGUUUACGUAUUCCCUCCCAAUGAUUUUACGGAGAGUUAUAUGAAGACGUACUCAGAGAGUCUUUUUGACCGCAUUCGUCGAGCCUCCCAGAAUGGGGUUGUCCCCUAUCUGUUCAUCGUGAUAGUUCCAUCUGACGAACCUGUAGCUACUGCCCAAGCAGACUAG